CGGAUCGACGCCGUCGGCGCUCCGGGUGGGCGGAAGUUGAGGGCAGGCGAUUGGUGGGGCUGCGGCCCGAGUGCUCUUCUCGAGAGCGGCCCAGACUCUGUCCGAGCGGGCCGAAGGGGCGGCAGGCAGGCCAGAGAUUAUUUCUGUAACUGGAUCUCUGAUUUGCCCAACAAAGAACAAUGUCUCGUUCACGACAACCCCCUCUUGUGACAGGCAUCUCUCCAAAUGAAGGAAUACCAUGGACCAAGGUCACAAUUAGAGGAGAAAACCUGGGAACUGGCCCAACUGACCUCAUAGGUUUAACAAUUUGUGGACAUAAUUGCCUUCUGACAGCAGAAUGGAUGUCUGCAAGUAAAAUAGUAUGUCGAGUGGGACAAGCCAAAAAUGACAAAGGAGACAUAAUUGUCACAACCAAAUCAGGUGGCAAAGGAACCUCAACAGUCUCUUUCAAGCUACUCAAACCUGAAAAAAUAGGUAUUUUGGACCAGUCUGCUGUGUGGGUUGAUGAAAUUAAUUAUUAUGAUAUGCGUACUGACAGGAAUAAAGGAAUUUCUCCCUUGUCCCUACGUCCUGCUAAUCCACUUGGGAUAGAGAUUGAAAAAUGUAAAUUUCCCCAGAAAGACUUAGAAAUGCUGUUUCCUGGAAUGAGUGCUGAUUUUACAAGUGAGAAUUUUUCAGCUGCCUGGUAUCUUAUAGAGAACCACUCAACUACCAGUUUUGAACAGCUCAAAAUGGCAGUUACCCACCUGAAGAGACAGGCUAACAAGAAGAGUGAAGGCAGCUUGGCGUAUGUGAAAGGCGGUCUUAGUACAUUCUUUGAAGCCCAGGAUGCUCUCUCAGCCAUCCAUCAAAAACUAGAAGCAGAUGGAACAGAAAAAGUAGAAGGAUCCAUGACGCAAAAACUGGAGAAUGUUCUGAACAGAGCAAGUAAUACUGCGGACACAUUAUUUCAAGAAGUAUUAGGUCGAAAGGACAAGGCAGAUUCCACUAGAAAUGCACUCAAUGUGCUCCAACGAUUUAAGUUUCUUUUCAAUCUUCCUCUAAAUAUUGAAAGGAAUAUUCAAAAGGGUGAUUAUGAUGUGGUCAUUAAUGAUUAUGAAAAGGCCAAGUCACUUUUUGGGAAAACGGAGGUGCGAGUUUUCAAGAAAUAUUAUGCUGAAGUAGAAACACGGAUUGAAGCUUUAAGAGAAUUACUUCUGGAUAAAUUGCUUGAGACACCAUCGACGUUACAUGACCAAAAACGUUAUAUAAGGUACCUGUCUGAUCUUCAUUCACCAGGUGACCCUGCUUGGCAGUGUAUUGGAGCUCAACACAGGUGGAUCCUUCAGCUCAUGCACAGCUGCAAAGAGGGCUAUGUUCAAGACUUGAAAGAUAUUCCAGGACUCCACAAUACCAUGCUGGAUCUGGAUAAUGAUGUACGUCCCUUAGUGUUGGGCCAUCUUAGUCAGACAGCAUCACUGAAGAGGGGCAGCAGCUUUCAGUCUGGUCGAGAUGACACAUGGAGAUACAAAACUCCCCACCGGGUGGCAUUUGUUGAAAAAUUGACCAAGCUUGUUUUAAGUCAGCUGCCUAACUUCUGGAAACUCUGGAUUUCAUAUGUGAAUGGAAGCCUUUUCAGUGAGACUGCUGAGAAGUCAAGCCAGAUUGAAAGAUCAAAGAAUGUAAGACAAAGACAAAAUGAUUUUAAGAAAAUGAUUCAGGAAGUAAUGCACUGUCUUGUGAAGCUGAUCCGCGGAGCACUGCUCCCACUCAGCAUCCCUGAGGGCGGGGUGAGGCAGUACGGAGGCUGGGAGGUGAAGUCCGAGCUUUCUGGACAGUGGCUCACUCAUGUCAUCCAGACCAUAAGGCUUACUUAUGAAUCAUUGACUGCCCUAGAAAUACCUAGUGACAUGUUACAGACUAUCCAGGAUCUCAUUUUGGAUCUCCGAGUACAUUGUGUGGUGGUCACAUUGCAACACACAGCGGAGGAAAUAAAGAGAUUAGCUGAAAAGGAAGACUGGAUUGUUGAUAAUGAAGGACUGACUUCUCUACCAUGUCAGUUUGAACAGUGCAUUAUACAUUCUCUGCAAUCACUUAAAGGAGUUCUAGACUGCAAGCCAGGAGAAGCCAGUGUCUUUCAACAACCUAAAACACAGGAAGAAGUUUGCCAACUGAGCAUCAGUAUCAUGCAGAUUUUUAUAUAUUGUCUGGAACAGUUAAGCAGCAAGCCUGAUGCAGAUGUAGAUACUACGCAUCUUUCUGUUGAUGUUUCUUCUCCUGAUUUGUUUGGAAGUAUCCAUGAAGACUUCAAUUUGACUUCUGAACAGCAACUUUUGAUAGUCCUAAGUAAUUGCUGCUACCUAGAACGUCACACCUUCCUAAAUAUAGCAGAACAUUUUGAAAAGCACAACUUCCAGGGAAUAGAAAAAAUAACACAGGUUAGCAUGGCCUCAUUGAAAGAAUUAGACCAAAGACUCUUUGAAAAUUACAUUGAGAUGAAAGCUGAUCCCAUCGUUGGCUCCUUAGAACCUGGAAUUUAUGCAGGCUAUUUUGAUUGGAAAGACUGCCUGCCUCCAACAGGUGUCAGAAACUAUUUAAAAGAAGCAUUGGUGAAUAUAAUUGCAGUGCAUGCAGAGGUGUUCACUAUUUCCAAAGAAUUGGUGCCUCGGGUGCUAUCCAAAGUGGUUGAAGCAGUUUCUGAAGAGCUAAGCCGCCUUAUGCAGUGUGUUUCAUCCUUCAGCAAAAAUGGAGCAUUACAGGCGAGGCUUGAAAUCUGUGCUUUGAGGGAUACUGUGGCUGUUCAUCUGACUCCUGAAAGCAAGUCUAGUUUUAAACAGGCUUUGGAAGCCCUGCCUCAGCUUUCCAGUGGAGCAGACAAAAAGUUACUGGAAGAGCUGCUGAACAAGUUCAAGAGUAGCAUGCACUUGCAACUCACCUGUUUCCAAGCUGCUUCUUCAACCAUGAUGAAAACAUAAAUACCACCAAAAUAAGGGCAGUCCAAAGAUAACAAGUAAUAAAAUUGUUCACUUUCUAUUAGUAUAUAAAGCAUUAGGUUUAUAUUCACUUUCUAUUAGUAUAUAAAGCUAUUAGUAUAUAAAGCAUUAGGUUUACAGUUUCUCUCUCUCUCCCCUUCUCUCUCUCUUUUCCCCCUGAAUUGGUAGCUUAGAAAGAUGUUGGUGUAUUUUUAUUUCAACCAAAAUAACCUUAUUUGAAAUGCCUGAGCAGUGUUUGUUUUGUCAUUUUUAUUACAUUAGGUCCUGUAUGACUUUAAGAUAUUUUAAAUAUAUAUAUAUUUUUUGUUUUUUCUUAGCUAAAUGUUUUAUGGUGAAUGCCACAGAAAGAGUUACUUUUUCAAAGAAUAUUUUGGGGAUGGCAUGUGAUGUGUAGUAAAGCAUUUUUCAGUGUCUCAUUUACUAGAGUUUUAGUGUCAGCAGCUUCCAAGACACAUGGACAGAUUGAUAAGAAGAGAUUUGGAAAGUUAUAUUUAGACAUCUUUGAAGCUUUAGCUCUCCUAAGCCAUACAGGUGUACUUGAAAAGUUCAUAUCAACGGAUAGUUUGAACUCUCCUAAUUCAAGUAGAUUUUUAGAAAAAUUUAUGAUUUGCAUUAAAAAAAUGUUAUAAGUGGGGUAGAUUAUUUGUGGUCCAGAUGUCAAUGAGUUAUCUUUGCAUUUGCUGCCUAAUUUUUAUUUUUCACAGCGCUAAAUACUAAGCAUCUUUUCAGUGUAGCUUUUUUGUUGUCUCACUCUUAAUUUGAUUUGUCAUUUUACAUCACUGUGUUGCCUGUCCUUGAGGACCCCUUUGUUACAUGUGAUGGAGCCUGGAUACCCCAUGGGUGCCAUUAGAAACAGCUACAAUCUCCUGGUGUGAGAGCUAGCACUGCCCAUCGCUGUCCAUUCCUUCCCCUCAGACAGUUUCUUUUCUCUCCACUUCUUAUCCUUUGAGGUAUCUUGCUCAGUAACUAAGAACACUGCUCUCGCAGAGUCUGUAUUUUCUGAAUAUUUGAAGAUGCUCCUUAGCCACUAAGCAGUAGGAGCUGCUGAUGAACCACGGGCCAUUUGUUGAGGUCAUGGUGAGGUCUUUCUAUGUUAGUGUUCCCUACCUAACUUUACCAUACUAUUUGCUUCAGAAAACUGAGCAAUUCUCUAUUUGUAGUUUACGUGUCAGAGUUUUCCAAUUUUUUAUGGGUGUCACAGAAUCCCACUUUUUAAUGCUGAAAUUAAUAUCUUUAUUAAUACAAGUAAUUUUAGAGUACAGUAUAACUGUCUACAGUAUGCAUUAUUUGAAAUAAGUCAGUGUUAUGUUUGUUCUUUUGCUGUAUAGGGAGAAAUCUUAGUAACUGGAAGUGAAAGUUUAAUCUUUUACAAAUGUGCUCAAUAAAGCUUAUGAAUAUGAAUUAAAUUACAAAAAUGCAA